AGUAUCCACUCUGUGCGCUCGACGUGAUUGACACUCUUCGGGUUGCUUUGUGCGUGGAUGUCGAGUGGCUCACUGCUGCAAACUGCUCUGAAAAGAAGAAAAAGCCAGGUCCACAAUAACAGCUCAGCUCCCAGAUCAAUGCACGCUUGUAAAAAAAAAAAAGAAAGAAAGAAGGAAAGAGAGAAAAAAGUGCCAAGCAGCCACGUAACGACAGAGUAUAUGUUAGCUUUGAGCUAGCUAGAAGCUAGCUAGUGGAGCAUCGGUCAGUGCAUGGCUACGCAGAGACCAGUCUUGACUUUCUCCCACGCAGACUCUUGACAUGGGGAGUAAAAUGUCCUUCAGCAGAGGAAGCAGUGACCAAAAUACAGUCUCUGAGUUAACUUCUGUGACACCUCAUCCUCGCAAUUCAAUUCAUGCUCCUUCGGACUGCAAGCAGAUACCUGAAGAUAAGAGAUGUCGUGAGGAAGACCUGGACUCCAGCUGGGGAGAGGAAAUGAAAGCAACAGAACUGACUGAAACUGCCCCUGAGUCCCACUCAUCAGGUUACCUGGAGUCUGAUCGCCAUGUUAACUCUGAAACAGUUGGUGGAACAAAUAGUCAACGGAGUGAGCGCCUGUCAUCACAGGUAGGGAUGGAAGCAAAGCCUCAAGUAACACCUGCGAUUGUGUGCAGCUCGACAACAGACAGUCACGGACAGCCUGUGGAGGUCCGCAGAAAACGCGGGCGCCCUCGUAAAAUAAAACUGCUGUUGACUGAAGACAAAAAAGAUCCAGAUGCUGCUGGUCUUGAUGCAGUUCAGCAUGAGGAGAUCAGCACGACAAUACCUUUGCCAGCAUGCUUAGAAAACAACAGCAGUGGUGAUGUGCCUAACACUGAUGAUGGUCCUUUAAUCCAUCAUUCUGGUUCUCAUACUGUCUCUGAUGGUAAAAUAGAAGACAGUGUCCCUGACCUGCCAAAAAAAAAAAGAGGAAGGCCAAAAAAAACAGAUAUUCGAGCUUUUAAAAAUACCUCUGCCAAGGCUUCCAGAGCCCCUGCUGCUUCUGCUCAUGCUAAUAAUAUUAACGGUCCUGCACGGAGGCUGAGGAGUAGAAGGGAGCAGCAGCCUUCAGCACAAAAUGGAAACACUGAAUCUGAUAGCAAGGUAGACCCCGGACAAACUGGCCUUGCCCCUCUGGAAAGUAGCAAUACAUCCAGCUUACAAGGUGUUAAAAGAAGAAGGCCUAAACUGGCUGAUCAGCAAGUUCCAGUUAAAGUGUCCAGACUGGAAGAUUCCCAGGAGGCCUCAUCAGUGUUGAGCAAUGACACAGGCUGUGGGGAGAGAGCAGAGACAGAUAAGCACGUGGAACUAAACGCUGACAAACAAGAGACUAAUACUGAUGGAAAGGAAGGUCAGUGCUCCCCACAGUCUGGAGAAGGGCAAGAGCAACAAACAGAAAUAAAGGAAGGCGUAUUACCACAAAGAAAACUGCGUUCCCAGGCAGCAGCUGAGCCUGAAGUUAUUCCCUCAGAUGAUUUGACCAGUCUGAACUUGGCAAGUCCUACUCAAAGUGAUGAACCUAAAAUUAAACAGUCAGUGGAAAUGAUUGGCAGCGAGGAGUCACAAUCAAAAAGCAGCCUUGACUCUCCAAAAAACGCAAACUUGCAGAAUACAGAGCCCUCCAUCACAGAUGUCUUAACGACCUCUGAAGAAACACCUAAACCGGUUGGGAGCCCCCCUGCUGUGAAAACUGAGAAUAUAGAGGUAGAGCUGGAUCAUUUAAAUCCAGUGUCAGAGUCAAACAACCCUAAAUCUUUACAAUACAGUACCAACACCACAGUUAAAUCUGAGCGUCCAAACAGUCAGCGAAACGCUUUCAGGCGCAAGAGAGGCGGCAAGAGAAGGAGGAGAAUAAGUAAUGUGCUGUUACAGAGUGAGCAACUUGUAGAAGGCCAAGAAGGCUGCACUGACAGUCAACAAAAAGCAGACUGUGGUGACAUGGAUGACGAGGCCAAGUCAAAUGCCAACGCAAAUGUCAUCUACACUAAAAAAGGAGGUAAAACUCUGUUGAAAUGUGGUUACUGUGGUCGUACAUUUAAAUUUCUGUCUCAGUUCAUCAUCCAUCAACGGAUUCAUACAGGAGAGAGACCUUUCAAGUGUCCUGAAUGUGGCAAAGGCUUUAGCAAAAACUCAAACUUAAAUCUUCAUCUCAAGACGCACAGGAAGAGCAACAUAUAUCAAAAAUGCCCAUUUUGCAAGAUCAAAUUCUCUUGCUCUGAAUAUGCUUCUCAUAUGAAGAUGCAUGCACAUGAGCUGGAUCAAGACUCCGAGAACAACAAAUCUGAAAAACGGGGCAGAGGGAACGACCAUGAAAACAGUCAGGGACUUCGUACACCAGUUUCCCCAGAAAAGAGACAAAGAAAAGUGUGCCAGUACUGUGGUAAAACAUUCCCGUUUCAGUCUGCCCUCAUAAGACAUGUGCGUGUCCACACAGGGGAGAAGCCUUAUAAAUGUGAUAUAUGUGGCAAAGCUUUCGGUCAGGCCUAUUUCCUCCGUGUUCACGAGCUGACACACUGGUCUGUGAAGCGUUACAACUGCACACAUUGUGAAAAAUCAUUCACUCAUUAUAGCAAUGCAAAAAAUCACACAUGUAGACCUACGGCAAGCGGUGACGACUCACAACCCAACAGACGUGUAAAGCCUUCACUAACGUACACUUGCCAUAUCUGCAAGAAUGUUUUUGACCAUUUACAGGAGUUCAACAGUCACAUGAGAGCCCACACCGGUGCGAAGCUUUAUCGGUGCUUGUAUUGUGACAAGCUGUUUGGUGUGCUGUCUGAGUUUAACACCCAUCGCAAUCAGUGCAGAGGAGAGAGAAACACCUCCAGCUCUGCAAUAAAGGAAGAAGAGACAAUGUCAUUAAUACAGUACACAGUGCCUGCCCUAAGGUGUUCAUCAGGACACAAUUCAGCUUCUCCUCUCACAGCUGCAAGUUGUGAAAAAGAGAAAAAACAAUCAAAAACCAGCCACAAAAAACGCAUCGCUAACCUAAAGAAACCGUUCCAGUCCACAGUCAUACCGGCUCACCAUCUCUCACACAUCGUGUCAAAGUUAAACAAACUAGAUAACAGAUCCGACCCCAGGAAAUAUCUAUGCCCAAGCUGCGGGCGACUGUUCAGACACAUGGGCAGACUCCGCGCCCAUAUGCUCACUCAUGCCCCGGGUCAAAGUUACACUUGUGCCUGUUGCGGUAAGACUCUAGAAAACUGGCAAAAACUGUGGCAUCACCAGAGAAUCCAUCGACAGAGACGUGGCCGCUUCACUUGUCCUCAGUGCGGGCAAGGUUUUCGGUUUGUAGAGCCUUACAAAAAACACAUGAGUGAGCACCCAGAGUUCCAGUGGAUUCAGGUCAGGCCUAAGAAAGUGUUUCUGCCUUAUCAAUGUGAGCAGUGCAGCUGCAACUUUAAGACUCUAGACCUGCUGUUCAAUCACCAGCUCUGCCAUUCCUCAACGCAAGACACGCACAAGGACUCUGCUUUUGAUUUAUCCAUAGAUGAUCAUAGUACACAAGCAAACAAGAAAAUGUUUAGCCCUUCCACGAACAACCAUAUGGCAACGUUACGUCUUGAACCUGAGGAAAGCAACUCUCUUCUGAGCCCCUUGUCCAAAUAUUCAGACCCAGUUCCCCAAGAGUCGCCUCUAGCGCCCAUGAUUUCAUUUGUUCAAAAUCAGGGUCUUGAUGUAGGUAAAACUUCCCUGGGUCCCAGGAGCACACAUUUAAUCCAAGAUAGAGAAACCAGUAAUGACAGAAUAGUUGAAAAUGCACAUGUAAAACCCAUUACACCUUUGAGAACUGUAAAAAGACAUGCAACCCAAAAUGACAGUUUAUCAAAUGAAGGGUCUUCAGAUGGCAUUAAGUGUGCCGUGUGUGGUAAUGCAUAUUCUGCCAUUUCAGACCUUUAUCAGCACUAUUUGCAGCAUGCUAGAGGCCAGGUAUAAUAACCUAAAUGGAGUUAUGGUUCCCUUUCUAUAUGUGCAUCAACUUUUUUACAUUGUUUAACACGGGUCCUGUAGAUCACGAACUGAUCAGAGGUCACACUGAAUUAAUUCAUGAAUUCCUUAUUGCUCUGAAAGUUGUUUGGCAAACCUGAUAAAAUAGUUUGAAACAUUUCAGCAAUAAAUUCAAGAGUUUAUAUAUUAAAUGUGUGGAUUUUCUCAUCAUGUUGUCCAUGAAUACAAUGGCCAAUUAAUUGAAUAGUCCAUGUAUAGUUUUAAAAAUUUACAAACACUCUCACCUCAUCAUGAUGCAUUCAUUUGCUGUAUGACCACUGUGAAUUUAAUAUAAAAUAUCAAUUUCAUACAGGUCUACUCUUGACUAAUACAAGUCAAACUGUUAAUCAAACUGUUUCAGAGGAUGUGUUGUACUGAUUCCAAAUUUGUUUUCCUCUGGUCUGCAAGGAUCUGCAUUUUGUAUUCACAUUUUUAGCCUCUGUCAUGCACAUAUUUGUCAAAGAGUUUGCUCUGUUGUGGACUUGUAAUAUGAUGACUGAAAUCAAGUGAUGGUAAAUUUUCUGGACAAUAUACUGACAAACACGCAUUGCGCACCUGCUGCACCAAGUAAGUUUUGAUGAACAUGCAUUUCUGUUCACUGCUUCGAGAAAACUACAUUUUCCUGCUUCAAUGUCAGGCUUGACUUUGUUGAAAUCCCCAAAAAAAUUGCAUUUCAAAAGAUGUUUCCCACAUGGACAUCCUGAUCUGUUGUGUAUAGUUUUAUGCUAUAAUUUGUCUUAAAACAAUAAAG